AUGAUAUUCCCUCCAACCGCCUAUAUGACCCUAAUUCAACAAUUACAUUCAAACCCAAAUCAUUUUUCCUUUCCAGAAGUAUACCGAAAAGGAUGCACGGGAUUCUUGAUUCAACUUGUGUCGAAUAGCUUCGGCGGUCAAAUCAUCGACUUGGAUCAGGGGCAAGGUUGUCUUCAAUUUUUUCAGCUGAGUAUCGAUUCCUUUAGAUUGAGACACCUUCAUCAAGUCUGCGGAGAUGAGCUUCUAGCAGAGCAAAGUGAUGACUGCGCUAACGAUUUCAGCCAUUGGGAUUUGGAAAAGGAAUGAUCGUUUCUAUGUUAAGGGUUUUGGCUUGAAAGGAAAGGUUAAGCGAAAGGCUAAGGAUAUGGUUACCACCGAGAUGUCAUUUUUCCACGUCUAACUCCAAUGUUCACUACAAG